CCUUUUACAUUAGCCCAUUCACUCGUCCAGGACGAAUCGACUGGAUAUGUGCCAGGGUUCCCCCGCGUCUCGCUUCACAGCAAGGAUCAAAUCAGGAAACUGCUCACGGCAGAGCUUUGUUCAGACAAUCUAGAUAGAGUUUCAGAUAAGCUUUGGUGGAUGUUGAAACAGGACAGCGGUAGCAUAUCGCCGCUGCACCGACAAAUUGUGAAACGGCGCUCGAUUAUAGUGACAGGGGAUUCAAAGCUACAUAUUGUGUGGAUUUACGACCGCAUGUUCAUCAAGCCUCUUCUGCGAUUCAUCGGCUCGUAUAAUUUCUGGAAAGAGAAUCUUUGCGGUAACAACGGCGAAGGAGUGCGUAUCAGAAGGGCCGCGUUGGGUUAUUUACGAACAUACUACCAUCUGAUCCAGCACGAGUCCGAUUUUCGCAUCGUCAAGGAUCCCAACCUGUGCCUUGUGCCGGAAAAUAUCAUUUGGGAGCAGUUCUGCAAUUUUGCUUCCAGCCUAACCAACAUCCCAGAU